GACAGGAGGUAGAUUUGCAAGUUCUCCUCUUGCCCAGUCAUGGCAAGGACUUCUCUGUCCUAACAGAUGUUGGCAAAUCAGGAUCUGUUUCUCUUCUAGGGUAAGAGUCUCUUCCUGUUUAGAGAACUACCACAGUUCUAGGUUGUGAUUCCACCUCAGAGUUUUUUUCUUUCAGUGCAGGACCCUGUUGAUGGACCAGCAGACCCCAAGAUUCCAUCUGGCCAGAUUCUGGGUGGCCUGGCUCUCUCUGCAGGGUCUAGGCCGUUUCACCCAGGCUGAGCCGCUUGACUUGCUGGCUGGCGGAGCUGCUGGGGCUCUGCCUGAAGACGCCACCCAAGAGCAGGGUUACUACCUGCAGCAGUUGUUUCGACAGUAUGGUGAGAAUGGCACCUUGUCCUUCGAGGGCCUGACCCGCCUCCUGCUGAGCCUGGGGCUGGGGAAGGUGCAGGUAGUAGAGAUUGAGCAUGAGGAGCUGGGCCACGGCCAUGUCUCCCAUCUGGACAUCCUGGAGGUCCAAGAGAACAGGCACUUGCACUCCCACUCGGCACUGGACCACCUCAGCAAGACAGAGCACAGGGCCGAGACUCAAGCAGAGAGUGUCACCCCCACCAGGCCGGGAUUCUCUCCGCUGGACGAUGCAAUCCGCACCCCAGUAUCUCCUGCCCUCCAUGGGGUCAGCCGCGUCCUCAAGCCCAGCUUUGGGCAAGAGCCAGAGCAAUCUGGCAAGGAGAAAGGAGAAAACAUUUUCGUGCCUUCCCAGGGACAUUCUAGGCUAAGCCUUCUGGAGGGAGUCCUUGCCUUGGAUCACUCUGUCUUCAAUCACCUGCAUGAAGAUUGCCUCAAUGUGUCUCAGCUGCUUGUCAAUUUUGGCCUGAACACUGUCUCGAAGAUCACCCCGGAGCAGUUCACCCUGCUGUGCCCAGCCUUGCUCUACCAGAUCGAUAGCCGUGUUUGCAUCCAGCACUUGGACAACGUGACUUUCGACAUGGCCGGGAGCUCCCUCUGGCAGGGCCUGGGAUGGGGAUUUUUGGCUAUCACCCUGACCAGCUUGCCCUCAGCACUGGCCAUCGUCUUGGUGCCCCUACUCAGUCGAGAAAUCUUCCAGUUCCUCCUCACUUUUCUGGUGGCGUUGGCUGUGGGGACACUGUGUGGGGACGCAUUGCUGCACCUCUGGCCACAUGCACUGGCAAGCUCCCAUGGCUUGCUGUCCUCAGAAGAAGAUGGCAUUCUGAAGGGUCUAUGUGUGCUAGGAGGCAUUUACUUCCUCUUCCUCACUGAGAAUCUCAUGGGAACACUCAACCAAAUUUGUGCAAAGCGGAAGGGUGCUACUGGAAAGCAACCUAAGCAAUCUCCUAGUAAGGUGGAUGAGAAUGAUGCAGAGAGGACAUCUCAUGACUCUCCAGGUGCUGAAUUUCAGAGUUUGAGAGUGCCAGAAGAGGACACUGGAAAUGUAUAUGGUGAAGUCCAGGACUGCUCCAUCCAAAUUCGCAACUCAGAAGGUCAUGGGACAAGCCUGGAGAAGCAAACAGAAGAGAUACAUCACCAUGGUCACUCCCACAGUCCAGCUGGGACCCUCAGGGCUGGGAUAGCUGACAUCGCUUGGAUGGUUAUUCUUGGGGAUGGGGUACACAAUUUCACAGAUGGACUGGCAAUAGGGGCUGCCUUCUCAAAUGGACUCUCCAGUGGUUUAAGCACUACGUUGGCGGUCUUCUGCCAUGAACUACCCCAUGAACUGGGAGACUGUGCCGUCCUACUCCGGGCAGGCAUGUCGCUCCGGUGGGUGCUGCUGUUUAACCUGCUGUCUGCUUUCCUGGCUUACUGGGGCAUGGUGUUGGGGACCACUGUCAGUCAGAACACUUCCCAAGUCACUCCCUGGAUCUUUGCCACCACGGCUGGUGUUUUUCUUUAUGUAGCUCUGGUUGAUAUGCUACCUGAAAUGCUGCAGCGGCAUUCUACCAGCAGCAAAAAAAGAUCCUUCACACACUUUGUUCUCCAGAACUUGGGCUUUCUCAGUGGAGGCGGCCUUAUGCUCUGCAUUGCUCUCUUUGAAGAGCACAUCAGUGUCCGCAUGGAUGAGUGAGUAGGAGGUUUCAAAAGGAAUGCCCAGCUGCAAGAUGAAAUAAACUCCUAGCUCUGCCAUCAGUUAUGCCUACCCUCUUCCUGUAGCUGAAAGGAAGGCUGUAAAAUCAUUUACUGUAAUUGGGUCAUCCAAGGAAGCUGCGGAAGAGAACAAAAGAAAGUCUGGAAGCAAGAGUGACCCACUCUUUUGCCAACUGCCGCACCCCCGUCUUAAUGGGUAUGCUGACAGUAAA